UUGCAUACUGGAACAGCUUGUGAUCUGUCUUUUUAUCUCCCUUCCUACCAAUCCCAACAGAAAAGCCUCGGGUUUUUAACAAAAGUAUAUCUUAAAAUUUUCUUCAUUUCGUUAUAUACACUCUCCCAGAACCCUUUAACCUUUUGGCAUUCCCACCACAUAUGGUAGAAGGUCCCCCCCCUUUCCUUGCACUUCCAGCAUUUAUUACAAGUUCCAUACAUUUUGGCUAAUUUUGCAGGAGUCAUAUACCAUCGGUAAAACAUUUUCAUUAAAUUCUCCUUUAGUGUCACGCAAGCUGUAAACUUGAGAUGUUUUUUCCAAAGUUUCUCCCAUUCUUCAAAAUAUAUAUUAUGACCGAUAUCUCUAGCCCAAUAUAUCAUUACCGACUUUACUUCCUCGUCUAUUAAAUUCCAUUCCAAUAACUGAUUAUACAUUUUAGACAAAAUUUUAUAGUUGUUAUUCAAUAUCUCAAUCUGGAAUCUAGAAUCUUUAUCAGCAUAUCCUUUGUCUUUAAUAUCUUUCCUGAACAUUCCGUUUAUCUGGAAAUAGUGCAGCCAAUCAUAGACUUUCUCUUUGACCUGUUCGUACGGCUUCAUUUUCCACUUUCCUUCUUCUUUCAUUAACAGUUGUUCAUAGGUAGCCCAAUUGUCCCUCAUAUUCCGGUGGAGCGCGUCCUCGAAGCGAGAAGGGAUUUGGUUGAGAGCGAAAAUCCCGACCUACAAAGGGAGGAAAAGGGGGUGCCGAAGGGCGAAAAGCACCCCAGAUACACCUCCGGAGGGUGUCCGGAGGUACAGGGGCCCAGCAGAGACUGGUCGCGGCUCGCCUCGCCGUCAGGUAACCUCAAAAAGAGGCGAAGAGAGCGGCGGCGCUGAGCAGCAGGUCAAGGGCAGCCAUAUCUACCCUCCCAAGUAGCGGAAAGCCCCGGUCUCGCCGAGGGUUAGCGCUCCGCUUUCAAGCAUAGGAAACCGGGGAGUAAGCUAAACUUGAGGGGUGCAACGUUUCUGGAACAGAGAAACCCGGCGGAAAAUAAACGGUUUAUGGAGUUCAGCCUUUAUCCGGAAUCAGCGAACACGCAGGAAAGCACCAGAGCGCGGAAAAGAAAGUGAGUUCCCCUAGUGAUUGCUUUGUUCCCUGAAAGACUCUUUUAUUAAAGCAUUUGGAUACCUAUUAAAAAUAUAGGACUGUUUAAAACAGGGGACAGAGGGUAAAGCUUCUAUAUUGGAACCGCCUAAUGAACUGAGGGGGGAGGAGGAGGAGGAGUUUUUCUCUGUGCUGAUUACAGCAAAGUGAGAGCGGAAGAGAAAGUGCCGACGCCAUUAGGAGAUACGGAAACGUUGCAGAGGCUAAUUAACAAAGACUACCUACUUUUGCAGUAUGGAUCAGCCUGGUUUAUAAAUCUCUUCUGCACGUCCAUCUCCCUGCUGACAUCUCAGUUCUGAGUUGGAAAGAUCUACGAUUUCUGAUGGCUGCUUAGCGAUCCGAAAGUAGUUUUUCUCCCUCUGCUGCUUGAUUUUCCAGACUGCCCUCGGAGAGAGACUGCCUUUGGAGCUGAGUAGCAUUAGAGAGAGCCACCUGGUGGACAGAGUAUAUUACUACAACUUGGAUUUCCUUUUCUUUUCUGUGUAUUUCUUCUGCUUUACACAUGUUCUUGGUCUUCUUCCAGCUUAAAUUGUAGGGUCUAUUAAGGUGUGAACUUUCACUCUCCAAUUGUAAUUUUAAAGAUCUUUCUAAGAACUCUCUAAGAGUACCUUCCCCACUGCUUUUGUGAGAACUUAAGAAUUUCAAGACACCUCCAAAGAAGGUCUACUGUAAAAGGAAUUAAGUUGAUCCACGUGGACUAUUUAAGGACUGUUAACUGACAUCUCAGUUUUGAGCUGGAAAGAUCUACGAUUUCUGAUGGCUACUUAACGAUCGGAAAAUAGUUUUUCUCCCUCUGCUGCCUGACUCUCCAGACUGCCCUCAGAGAGAGACUGCCUUUGGAGCUGAGUAGCAUUAGAGAGAGCCACUUGGUGGACAGAGUAUAUUACUACAACUUGGAUUUCCUUUUCUUUUCUGUGUAUUUCUUCUGCUUUACACAUGUUCUUGGUCUUCUUCCAGCUUUAAUUGUAGGGUCUAUUAAGGUGUGAACUUUCACUCUCCAAUUGUAAUUUAAAAGAUCUUUCUAAGAACUCUCUGAGUACCUUCCCUACUGCUUUUGUGAGAACUUAAGAAUUUCAAGACACCUCCAAAGAAGGUCUACUGCAAAAGGAACUAAGUUGAUCCACGUGGACUAUUUAAGGACUGCUAAAAUACUGUGGGUCGGGGCCAGAAGGGCCAAACGGGUAUUGCUCAACGGGUGUUAGAAACUAAGAUCCUCUAUUUUACUGAGUAUCUGUUGUACCCAAUCAAGUAAGAAUGUCAAAUAUGGGAAAAAGACCAGAAGGGGGAACACCAGUGGAUAGAAAGGGAUCCAAACAAGAAGCAGACUUUAGAGCAGAUAUUUUAAGAAUGUUUGCGGAGAUAAAACAAAGUGAGAAAAAUUUAGAGCUCAAAUUAGAACAAGUAGACAAUAGAAUUGGGAAAAUGGACAAAAAGAUAGAUGAAACAGUUAACGAAUUGAAGGGUCAACUGAAAGAGGUAUUUAGGAGGACACAGGCAGUGGAGGAAGGGCUGAAAAAGACAAGAUCAGAAAUGAAAGAUGUGAGACGAGAGGAGGAUAAGAUAAAAGCUGAGAUUUUGGAGUUGAACAAAAACCAAGAGGAAAUGAAAGACUUAAUUGCUAUGAAUGAACUAAGACAGAGGGAAGUUAAUUUAAGAUUAAGAGCCGUGCCAGAAUUACAAGGUGAAAAUAUAAAAGAGAAAUUAAUAACAGAAUUAGCCCUCUGGUUGGAGAUUCCAAUAGAAGAGAUGGCAAACGCAGUACAAUCUGCAUUUAGACUGAAAGCCAAAUCAGCCAGAAAUAAAAAAUUUGUAGGAGAUUGUUUAGUUACAUUUAAAGAAAGGGAAAUGAGGAAUAUGAUUCUCCAAAAACAGAGGGAAAAGGCUGAAUAUUGAGGGAAAUUACGUAAUAAUUUUCAAAGAUAUCCCAGUUAGGCUGCUAAAACGCAGAGACUCAUAUAAAGAACUGGUACAGACUCUGAAAAGGAAUAAUAUUGAGUUUAAAUGGGAGUUCCCUGAAGGAAUUUCCUUCACUUACAAGAGCAAGAGGCAAAAAUUGACAAGUCCAGAAGAAACCGGUAAAUUUUUAAGAAAAUAUAAAGAACUGAAAAUACAAAAAGAAGAAGAUAAAAGUGAGGAGGCAGAAGGAAGGAAAGACUCAGAAGAAGAAACAGAGAGGACAGAGGGAGAGGAAGAGGAAGAGGAGGAGGGGGGAGCGGAAAGAGUUUAAAGAGAGAUAGCAGUUUCUUGCAAAGGUAAACUACCAUGGUGUUAAAAGUUUGGAGCUGGAAUGUUAAUGGGAUGAAUGAUAAGAAAAAGAGGAAUAAAAUCGAGUACAUCUUAAAGAAAGAAUGUUUAGAUAUUAUCUGCUUACAGGAGACCCACAUAGCAAGGAAGCAUAAAAGAGUUUUGAUUAAUAAAAGAUUAGGAAAUGAAUUUGUAUCGUCAGAUCAAAGUAAAAAAAGGGGGGUGGUUAUUUAUACCAAAAAACAAAUUGAAGCACAGCAGAUUUUCAAAGAUGAAGAAGGGAGGGUAGUAGCGGUUCAAAUUAAUUGGCAAGGAGAAAACCUAAUAAUAGUGGGGAUAUACGCACCUAAUGAUAACAAAUCGGAGUUUUAUUGGAUGUUAGAGGGAAAGCUAUUUGAAUACGUCGAUCAGAAAAUAAUACUAUUGGGAGAUAUGAAUGGUGUGGUGUCGUUAGAGAUGGACAGGUUAAGGGAUGGAAGGGGCAAAGAAGGAAAGCUACCCAGAACCUUCUUCUCAUUGGUUCAGAACUGUAAUUUGGUGGAUAUUUGGAGAUUUAAAUACCCUCUGGAAAAACAAUAUACUUUCUACUCAGAACCCAAUGACUCAUCCUCGAGAUUAGAUCAGAUAUGGACCUCGGCAGAACUAGUACCAAGAUCUAUACGGGUGGGGAUCCAGGCCAAAACGAUUUCGGAUCAUAACCCAGUAAAAAUGGAACUGAAAGGGCUGGAAGAAAGAUCAUACAGAUGGAAAAUGAAAGAUUACUUGUUAGAUGAUUUAGAGAUAGUAGAGAAAGCUCAGAAAAGGUUAAAGGAAUACUUCGAGGAUAACUUAGGUAAUGAUACAAAACCAAAGGUGGUGUGGGAUGCAGGUAAGGCGGUGAUGAGGGGUUUCUUCAUUCAACAGAGUGCAAUUAAGAAUAAAAAGAGAGAAAAAGGGAAAAUGAAAUUCUACAGCAAAUAAUGGACAACG